AUGACAGAGGCACUGGCAAAAGCCGUGCUGCGGGGAGAUGCGGAUGCAGUCAAGAGACUGCUGGAGGAGGGGGCGGAUCCCUCAGCGCUCAACAAGAAGGGCAACAGCAGGAGUCAGCAGCAGCUGCAGCAGGGAGGAGCUGGGGAGAGAGGCUCGGGAGACAGGGACACACCAUCAACAGCAGCAGAAAAUGCGUCUUCUUUGCCCUAA